UGCGGGUUUAGGUGCAGGUCGGGGUGCGGGUCUAGGUACAGGUCGGGGAGCGGGUCUAGGUGCAGGUCAGGGUGCGGGUUUAGGUGCAGGUCGGGGUGCAGGGUGCAGAUCGAGCGGGCGCAGGUGUGGGUUGACACGGGCUGGGCGGGAGCUGCCGGGCAGGUUAAUGUGUCACUGGGCUGCGGUGGCAGCGCGGGUGGGAGGGGACGGCGCAGGAGCCGGAGCGGUGGCACAGGUAAGUGUCCGGGUGCGGGAUGAGGAGUGGGGCUGAGUCCCCGGGCACCCGCAGCAGCCACAGCCCGGGGUGGUGGGUGGACGGGACAGGUCACUGUGUCCUCAUGCUGUGCCGGAGGCUGCGCCGGGGCCCCUCCAGGCUCCCUCGUGCUGGUGUGGUGGCACAACCUUUGCACAGGGCAGGGAGCGCCCAGGCACGGCGCCCGUGGGAGCCCACACCCACCACGCCGUGGGGCCGCGGCGGGACAGACCCUGCCGGGGCUGCGUGGGGCUGGGCCCCCACCUGGGGACUCCUCCCGCCUGCACCGGGGCUGUGCCUGCGCUGUCCUGGUGCUGCCAGGACCGAGGAGCUUGGGUACAGCGGCACUGAGUGCGUGGCACAACGAGGUCCUGGUGUCCCUGACCAUGCCAUGGCCACCUGCACCGUGCUGUGCCCAACCAUGCCGUGCCAUGGCCACCUGUGCCGUGCUGUGCCAUGGCCACCUGUGCUGUGCCACAGCCACCUGCGCCGUGCCGUGCCACGGCCACCUGUGCCACACCGUGCCAUGGCCACCUGUGCUGGGCAGUGCAGAGCCCAGGCUGGCAGUGCCAUGCUGAGCUGGUUGUGCCGUGGGAAGCUGCACCCCGUGCCCCCGGGUUGGGGGCUGGUGCCGCGGCAGGUGACACCGCGCUGGUCCCUGCCCGGCACCCCAGGCACGGGGAUGGACGAGCGGCUGCGGGAGCUGCGGCUGCAGGAGGAAAGGACCUUCCUGCGGAGCGUGGCACGGGAGGAGGCGCCGGAGCGUCCCCCCGACCAGUGGCACAGCCGGGCACCGGCCAUCUUCCCCGAGCCCCUCGCCAGCGAUGCCGCCCUCUGUGUGCCCAACAGCCCCAAGUCACACAGGGACCUCAGCCUGAUUGCAGAGGCCGUGGGCCGCAGUGAUUUCCUGCGGCGCCUGGGCGAGGGCUGCCCCGAGGCGCUGGCCCAGAGCUUCACCCCGGUCUGGCACGGCCCCGGUGACACCGUGCUGGCCGAGGGCACCGAGGGCACCGCCAUGUACAUCGUGGCAGAGGGGCAGCUCAGGGUGACCCAGCGGGGCCGGCAGCUGCGCACACUGGGCCCGGGUGACGUGUUUGGGGAGCUGGCCAUCCUGUACCACUGCAAGCGCACCGCCACCGUGCAGGCGCUUGGCCCCGUGCGCCUCUGGGCCAUCGACCGGCAGCGGUACCGGGCCAUCGCCACCAGCAAUGCCAAGCAGAGACGGGCCGAGAUCCUGAGCUCCCUGCGGACAGUGCCCUGGCUGCGGGAGCUCUCGGACAGCCAGCUCUGCAAGCUGCUGGACGCCAUGGAGGAGUGCAGCUUCGAGCCCGGCCAGGUCAUCAUCCGCGAAGGGGACGAGGGGGAAAACUUCUACAUCAUCCUGAAGGGCGAGGUGCGGGUGAGCCGGCGGGAGGGCGGGCGGGAGCGGCCCAUCCGCGUCCUGGGGCCCGGACAGCACUUCGGGGAGCUCUCGCUGCUGCGGAACACCCGCCGGACGGCAUCGUGCCAGGCCCAGGGACACGUCACCUGCAUCACUGUGGCCAAGGAAGAUUUCCUCGAGAUCAGCCCCUUCUGCCCCCCACAGUGCUCGGAGCCAAACACGCCUGAGACUGAGACACCAGCUCCAGAGGAUCCCGGGAGGGGCUGCGGGUCCCCGAGCCUGCGGCCGCCCCCGGCACCGCUGCGGCUGGAGGAGCUGCUGCCCGUGUGCUACGAGGAGGGAGAGCAGCAGGGCCAGCGCGUGGUGCUGGGCACCGGCGGCUUUGGCAGGGUCGAGCUGGUGCGGUGCCGGGAGCGGCUCUUCGCGCUGAAGCGGAUCCGCAAGGACUGGGUGGUGCGGACGCGGCAGCAGGAGCACGUGCGCACUGAGCGGCGGGUGCUGGCGGGCAGCAGCAGCCCCUUCGUCGUGGGGUUCUUUGGCACGUUCCGGGACAGGCAGUACGUCUACCUGCUGCUGGAGUUCUGCCAAGGUGGCGAGCUGUGGACCAAGCUGCGGGAGAUGCGCUGCUUCGAGGAGCCGCUGGCCGUGUUCUGCUGCGCCUGCGUGGUGGAGGGCCUGGAGUACCUGCACGGCCGCGGCAUCGUCUACCGUGACCUGAAGCCCGAGAACCUGAUGCUGGACCAGCGUGGAUACGUCAAGCUGGUCGACUUUGGCUUUGCCAAGGAGCUGGGGCGGGGGGAGAAGACAUUCUCCUUCUGCGGGACCCCCGAGUACCUGGCGCCCGAGGUCCUGCGCCAGGAGGGUCACGACUUCGCCGUCGAUUUCUGGAUGCUGGGCAUCCUCACCUUCGAGCUGCUCGUGGGCAGGCCCCCCUUCCACAGCGCCGACCCCCAGCAGAUCUACAGCCGCAUCCUGGACGGCAUCUUCUCCUUCCCCGCCUUCCUGGGCGAAGCCGCCUGCUCCCUCAUCGGCAAACUCUGCAGGCGCCGUCCGGGGCAGCGCCUGGGGAACACGGCCAGCGGCAUCCGCGGCAUCAAGAAGCACAGGUGGUUCGGGGCGCUGAAGUGGCGGAAGCUCUCCCUGCGGCAGCUGGAGGCACCAACCCUGCGGCUCGUCAAGGAGGGACCCCCCUACAUCAACUUCAAGCGUUUCUCGGUCGACUGGGAGCCAGCAGAGGACGAGUUCUCAGGUUGGGACGAGGAUUUCUGACGGCAGCGGGACCCCCGGGCUGGGCUGGCCGUGCCCCCCACCCCGCACCCCUGGGUGAUGCUGGGGUUGCCCUAUGGCCCCUGUUCCCCGGGGUCGGGGUGUCCCCGGGCAAUAAACCCCGGGGCCUCAGCCAGGCGCAAGAAGGAGCCGGAGCCCCGGGUACAAAACCCA